AUGACUACAACACCUACAGCCACCAUGGAGGGCACCGACGAAAAACACGACCACACCCUUUCUGACUCGAGCUCAACAGCCGCCGGUCACGACGCUACUAAGACCGACGGUGCGUUCGGGACCCCCGAUGUGGGCCAUAAGGAGGCCGAGGGCGCCGUCCCGGGCCACGACCUGGAUGUCGAGCUCGCGCAGCAGGUGAGUCUCUCACCACCCUUCGCUACAGCUGCUACCACCGGCGGAUGCCAGGAACCAGCACAUGAAAAGGCCCCACGGACUAACACACCCACACAGCCCCACGACGACGCAGAACUGAGCCGUAUCAGCACCCGGAACUCCACACGCUCGCGCAUCUCCCGUCUGGUCUCCCGGCACCGCACAAAGGACUCCAAGGCCUCUAAGAAGGAAGGUAUCCCGCAUGCACCAAUCCCCGAGUCCAACCUGGAUGAGGGCAUCGUCGGUUGGGAUGGACAAGACGACCCCAGUAUGCCACUCAACUUCCCAUCGUCCAAGAAAUGGUUGAUUGUCAGUCUGUUAUCGGGCAUUACCGUUUUGACGCCCUUCGCGUCGUCAAUCUUGGCUCCAGGCAUUGGGACUGUGAACAAAGAGUUUGGCAAUGAGAAUGAUGUGAUUGGUACGAUGACGGUCAGCGUGUAUUUGCUGGGUUACGUGAUUGGGCCGUUGUUCCUGGCGCCGUUGAGUGAACUUUAUGGGCGGAGGCCAGUGUUGACUGCGGCGAAUACGUUUUUCUGUCUGUGGUUGAUUGGGUGCGCCCUGGCGCCGUCAAUUGAGUCAUUGAUCGUGUUUCGAUUCUUCAGUGGCAUCGGAGGUUCGGGGUGUUUGACAUUGGGAGCUGGUGUCAUUGCGGAUGUGUUCCGGGUUGAGCAGAGAGGCUCGGCUAUUGGCAUGUACACACUGGGGCCGCUCAUCGGUCCGACCAUUGGCCCCGUUGUAGGCAGUUGGCUCUCACAGACAAUCGGCUGGCGCUGGGACUUCUGGAUCGUCUUGAUCGUCUCUGUCAUCGUGACUGGCCUCUUCGAGAUCUUCACCACCGAGACCAACCCGCGCAUUCUUAUCCAGCGCAAAGUCAAGCGCCUCCAAACCGAGCUCAACCGGACCGAUUUGCGCAGCUGCUACGACAGCCCCGGCGUUGAAAAGCAGAGCCCCACGCGCGUCCUGCUUAACGGUCUGGUACGCCCAACCAAGAUGCUUUUCUUGUCGCCUACCGUCUUCUUCAUCUCGCUGUACCUCGCCUUCGCCUACGGCACGCUAUACUUGCUCUUUACCACCAUUCCUAUCGUGUUCAUGCAGACCUACGGAUGGGGCGUCGGUAUUACGGGGCUGGUGUACAUCUGCCUGGGCCUCGGAAACCUGUCCGGUUGGGCUGUUAUCACGGCGACCUCGGACAAGGGCGUGGUGAAGGCUACGAAGGCCAACAACGGCGUGUUUGAGCCCGAGAUGCGUCUGCCGCUGAGCAUCUUCUUUAGCUUUAUGUUGCCGCCGACGUUCUUUUGGUACGGGUGGUCAACCUACUACCACACGCACUGGAUUGUCCCCGUCAUCGGCCUAUUCCCCUUCUCGUUUGGCAUCAUUGGCCUGUUCUUGCCGCUGAUGACGUACCUGGUGGACUGCUACCCGAUGUAUGCGGCAUCAGCCAUGGCCGCUAACACGGUAUUCCGGAGUCUGGUGGGCAUGCUGUUGCCGCUGGCAGGGCCGGCCAUGUACCAGAAUCUGGGGCUGGGCUGGGGCAACUCCCUCCGCCUCCCUACUCCGCCUACGCUAGCCACCGACCCCUUUCCUGCUAAGGUUCACACCAACAACGCAAACACCAUGACGAGGACACCCCCGAUUACUCCGCCGUCGACCACCGAAACGAUGAGCCCUCAACCUGAUACCUCAACUAUCCCAAUUCUCCCACUCUCCCCUAUUUGGCGCGCCCUCCCACACGAUCUCGCCGAGAACAUCUUCUCGGUACUAGUCAACCAGCACUUGUACACCGACCCGGCGUAUACCUGGACAAAGCUCCGUCAGUUGUCAGCACACCAGAAGCGGGUGAUUGAGCGGGUGUUUGGGGAGGUAUGGGUGCCACAGUUAGGGGUAACGGUUUACACGGGGUCGAAGGACCGGUUUGAGUAUCACUUUGGGGGGAUGCUGCCGCUACGCGCGGGUGGGAGGGGGGAAAGCCAAGAAAUACAGGGGGACAGGGUGUUGCUGACUGUUGACAAUCUGGUUCACUGGCCGAUGAUGGGGGUGUUUCAGACGCUUGAGCUGGGGCGUCAUGCGCGCGAGUUGUUGGUUAAGGCGUGGCGUGACACGGGGUCUUGGAAGGGAAGCAAGGUGGUGGUUCGAUUGGGCGAAGGAACGAUGAAAGGAGGUUGUCGCGGGGCGUACCUUAUGAAUGAUACGGCGCUGCCGGGGUUGGAGGUGCUGGAGAAUGGGGAUAUUGUAUUUGAUUGGAAGGGGGCGAUGGAUGAGUUGCUGAGGGAGGAAAUGUACAUGCGGAGGGUCGGGGACGAGAUGUUCUCGAUCGAGUGUGAAAAAUGGCUAGACAGUCCGGAGGGCAAAAGCAGGACUAUUAGAACAGCCAUCGGUAGUCAAGAACACCCACCCUUGAAACCCAAAUUCUCCGCCAUCUCUCAGUGGCUGCACGAUCAAGACCCGGACCCCGAGUCCCUGGCCGCUUUCAAGAGGAUCAAAUGCUGUCUCCGCUGCUCGCGCUGGCAAUCCCCAGACAUCUUUGAAGUGGUCGUGGCCGAAGAAUCUGUCGUGCCAUUGCUCCCCGUCUUCCAGACCUGGCUCGAGCAGACGGAGUAUACGAAGAACUGGCAGGCUGCGCUGGCGGACGAGGCAGACGGCACGGUAGGGCUGGGAAAGAUCAUUGGGUUAUACCGGGACGAGAUUGUCUCCUCCCUUUGCGCAUAUGAGAAUUACGGGCCGGACUCGUGUGCUCCGACAAGGAUGUCGACGUAUGAUCUCGGAGACUAUUAUGCAGAACCCCAACGCCCGGAUGGCCAGGGUGGCGAGGGUCUAAGGCUGGAGUCUAUUCAACAUGCAGAGAGGAAGAAUAUUCUAAUUGCCGACCUUGUGACGUCGUUUCGGGACAUUAUCACCCAUGCCACUGCCCCGGUGGAUAACACAGCUUCUACCGGCCAAACAGCUUACAACAGCUUGGCCAUUAACACAAAGAUGAGCGGAAUUAUAAAAUCCACGGAGGAUCUCCUCACCCUGACCCGCAAAAUCCGGGAGCUCUGGGUCAUUGGUGCUCUCAAGGCCCCAAGCACGCAGGACGCUCAGGCCGACCAGGAAAUGAACCAGGACGCCGCCCAGAUUUUCUCCAUUCUGAACGCUCUGAGGGGGAGAGAGCGACAGUCGAUGUUGCAAGAGGCCGAGGCCUCGGGCGGCGGGUUCACGUACGAGAAUGGUGAAGUUGAUGGGCCUGGUGCGCAAACUCAACCACCACCUCAACCAGCCAGAGGAGCCACUGGCCCUCAAGGGCAGCAGUCAGCCGCCGCCACGCCUGGCCAGCAACGUUAG